AUGGAGGCUCAUAGAAAACAUUCGGUCGACGGCACAACCCUCCACACGUGUCAUCCGUGCCGGCGCACCAUUCUAUACAGAAUCUACGCCAUAUUUCACACGUGUGGCAUCGUAGCCCUCAUGUACCUUCACGUAAACUCACUUCUCACAGCAAAGACAACUCUAAUAACGUCUCUUCUUCUCCUCUCCGAUGUCGUUCUCGCUUUCAUGUGGGCCACCUCAGCUUCCCUCCGGUUUAAUCCGGUUCACCGGUCCGAGUAUCCUGAGGUAUAUGCAGCUAAACCGGAAGAGGAAUUUCCGAAGCUGGACGUGUUUAUAUGCACCGCUGAUCCGUACAAGGAGCCUCCGAUGAUGGUGGUCAACACCGCCUUGUCAGUGAUGGCCUACGAUUAUCCGUCGGAUAAGCUUUCGGUCUACGUAUCGGACGAUGGAGGAUCGUCGUUGACUUUGUUUGCUUUGAUGGAGGCAGCUAAGUUCUCUAAGAACUGGUUGCCUUUUUGCAAGAAGAACAAUGUUCAAGAUCGGUCUCCUGAAGUUUAUUUCUCCUCGAAAUCAUAUUCUUGGGAUGACGAAGCUGAAAAUCUUAAGAUGAUGUACGAAGAUAUGAAGAGUAGAGUUGAACAUGUGGUUGAUAGUGGAAAAGUUGAGACUGAGUUUAUCACAUGUGAUCAUUUUCGUGGAGUAUUCGAAUUGUGGACACAUAAGUUCACUCGUCAUGACCAUCCCACUAUUAUUCAGGUACUUCAAAAUAGCGAGACUGAUAUGGACGAUACCAAAGAAUAUACAAUGCCAAACCUAAUGUAUGUUUCAAGAGAGAAGAGUAAAGUUUCACCACAUCAUUUUAAAGCCGGUGCUCUUAAUACCUUGCUGCGAGUAUCUGCGGUGAUGACAAACUCACCGAUCAUUCUAACACUAGACUGCGACAUGUACUCGAACGAUCCUUCCACACCGGUCCGUGCCUUGUGCUAUUUAACAGAUCCUAAAAUCAAGUCCAGUUUAGGUUUUGUGCAGUUUCCUCAGAAGUUUCAAGGAUUAAGCAAGAAUGAUAUUUAUGCAUGCGAGUACAAACGCCUCUUCGACAUCAAUAUGGUUGGGUUUGAUGGGCUUAUGGGCCCGAAUCAUGUGGGAACUGGAUGUUUCUUCAAUCGACGGGCUUUGUAUGGUCCUCCAUCUAAUCUGAUUUUGCUUGAGAUGGAUGAACUUAAGCCUAAUCGGAAUAAGGAUAAUAAUAAUUCCAUCAAAGCACCAGAUGUUUUGGCACUGGCACACAAUGUAGCAGGAUGUAUUUACGAGCACAACACCAACUGGGGAUCCAAGAUUGGAUUCAGAUACGGAUCUUUAGUCGAGGAUUACUACACAGGAUAUAGUCUCCAUUGUGAGGGAUGGAGAUCAAUUUUUUGCAGUCCCAAAAGAGCAGCAUUUUGUGGAGAUGUCCCUAAAAGUCUAAUUGAUGUAGUCAGCCAACAAAAAAGAUGGGCGAUUGGGCUUCUUGAAGUUUCCAUCUCAAGAUAUAGCCCGAUUACGUAUGGAGUUAAAUCAAUGGGCUUGUUAAUGGGUGUUGGCUAUUGUCAAUACGCAUUUUGGGCAUUUUGGUCGAUUCCUCUCAUUGUCUAUGCAUUCUUGCCCCAACUUGCCCUCCUCUAUGGAGUUAGCGUCUUCCCCAAGUCAUCAAAUCCAUGGUUUUGGCUUUACAUCUUCUUGUUCCUCGGUGCAUAUGCGCAAGAUCUACUAGACUUUGUACUUGAAGGAGGAAGUUAUGGCGGAUGGUGGAACGAUCAAAGAAUGUGGAUGAUAAGAGGAUUCACUUCAUUCUUGUUUGGCUUCAUAGAGUUCACUCUCAAAGCCCUAAACCUCUCCACGCAUGGAUUCAGCCUCACUAGUAAAGCCAACGAUGAUGAGGAGCAAAGCAAGAGGUAUGAGCAAGAGAUCUUUGAUUUCGGUCCCUCAUUCAUGUUCUUGCCCAUGACUACGGUCGCCAUCGUGAAUCUCCUUGCCCUUGUCUGGGGGCUUUAUGGUCUUUUCGCUUGGGGAGAAGGACUCGUUCUUGAGUUGAUGAUAGCAACUUUUGCGGUUGUGAAUUGCUUGCCUAUCUAUGAGGCUAUGCUGUUGAGGAAAGACGAUGGAAAAUUAUCAAAAAGUGUUUGUUUCUUGGCUGCGAUCCUCACUCUCGGUCUGAUCUUGUCAGGUUACUUCUUCUUCAAGUAGCUUCACUCAUUAGGGUUCAUUUACAACAAUGAUACAUCUGCUUGAGCAGAAGAAGACAGAGAGAAUAAUGUAAAUGGAAUCUAUGUAAUCUAUGUAACCAAUAUGUAAUGUGAUGAAGUACAUUUGAUCUCUUGAAUGAGCAAAAUUAAGAUUUACAUUUUU